CUCUUUCGCAACGAUGGACGCGAUCAAGCUAGAAGGAGUGGACGACUACUACGAGGUCUGGAAGGACGACAUGCACGGUUCGUAGCAAAAAAAAAUCUACUGUCCAAAAGUGUAACAGCCGGAGUAAAAACAAUUACAAUGCAGUAUGGAAUUACAGACGGUCGCAUAAUAAAACGCAGGGUGUGUUGUUUGUUCUCUAUACGUGUCCUCUUUGCACUAGUCUCCUUCUCAUCCGUUCGUUCAUCCUCUUCUCCUUCUUUCUGAUAAUUCUUCUUUUCAUAUUUGUUCUAACUUGGAUAAUUCAAGAGAAGAUAUCCGGAAUUAAUUUCAUAGAGUGUAACUAUUCCAAAAAUUCUUAGUUUAUCUAUAUAAAACUUUUUAAAAGUUAGACCGUUGACAAAAAUCGAACUAAAUAAGUAUAUUGAUUAAUUAUUAAGAGAGUAAGAUAAAAAUCUGAACGAUUGAGGUAAAUAACUUACGAGAGAGAGAGAGAGAGAAAGAGAUACUGAGUAAAUAAUUGGAAAAGAUGAGAAAAAGAGAGAUUAAGAAGGAGAGAAAGAAAAAUACAGAGACAUAGACAGACAGACAGACAGAGAGAGAGAGAGAAGGAAAGAUUACAGGCCUAUAUAAUCCUUGUAGUAUACAUUUAUAUAUCUCACAAUAUACUUAUAACAUGUACGUAGAACAAAUACGGGCCGAGUGCUGAUUGGAUGUCGCUCUUUUCGGUAGUGUAGAGAUUUCAUUGUCUCUUUUCCCAAAACCGCCUGAGAAACGGAUCAGGAUGCAGCAAGUGGACGAACGCCCUUAUUACGAAUGGAUGAAGAUCCCAAUGCCUGCAGGUAGACGAAUGAGGAAAUUUGUAUACAAUACUUAUAUAGAGACCUUUGCCGGUGCAUAGUUCAUGCAUAUAUUUUAGAUAUUGAACUUUGCUUCUAUUAUUUCCAUUAUCUAAUAACAUAAUCUUCUAAAUACUGUUUAUGAAAAUUUAAGAACUAAAAUUUUGGGAAGAAAAAGAGAGCACAUUUUCUCAUGUAUAUAUUUACGCUUAGAAUAUCUUUACUUGUCUUUAAAGCAAAUAAUUACUGUCUUAUCGUUUAUCUCUUAUCGUCAACUGCAUACAUAUAUAUAGGAUGCGAGCCCGGACGGGAUGAGAAUGCGAGAUGUAUUAGAUUUCUUUCUCCUGCGCGUUACGUAAUCGCCAACAAUGAAGAAUACAUUGGUUCUUUGACGAGCUUUUUAAUAGGAAACGUUUUUAGACGUAUGUGUUACUCUGUGUGAUGUUGUCAAAUGAUGCAUCCACUUAUCCCGCUAGAAUUGUAUAUGUUCGUACUAAAAUGUAUUCAAUGUAGUAAAGGUAUAUAGAUAGAGAUGUUAACCUAUAUCGGUUGUUAAAAUUCAUGCGAAAAUGAAGUUAAUAUCGCGCAGGUAGCUAGGCUUAGCAUCAUAUAAGAAAGGAGGCUCUGAUAAAGCUCUCUUUUUUUAUCUGAAAAUGAUCGUCGAUAAACGAAGAUAAUCCCAAUUCGAAUGUUCCACGGCAGACAGAUAAGAUGAUUUUGAGAUAGUUGAAAUGCGAAGAUAACGAUUUUUCAUAAAAAGCUUCAAUAAGUCGUUUAUCAUUUUUUUCGUCGCUUGGAAAAGAUCGAGUUAUUUUACUUAUAAAAGUUAGAUCGAUUGACAAUUAUCCCUACUUUUUCAUAAAAUCUUUUCAUUUCUAUUCUUACCUAUCUCAUUCUCUUUAACUCGAUAAUUAUUAAAUAUUCGUUUACCCUACUAAAUUUUCUACUUUUACUGUUUCUUAUUCCUCCUCUUCUCUCAUUCUCUAUCAAUAUAUUUAUCUCUCUCUCUCUCCUCUCUUUGGAGACAUUUAAAACAUUAUCGAAAAUAUUAUUUCAAUCCCACCCUCUUAUCAUUAUCGUAACCAUUCUUAUUAUUUUCUAAUUUUAUAUCUUUCAAUUGUAUCGUUGUUGUUGUUGUUUUUUAAUGUUUUUGCACAAAUAUUUGUUUCAAUUUGUCAAUUGUAAAUUAAAUUUUGUCGAAGAAAUAAGCGAAAAUAUCUAUAAUGAAGUUUUUCGAUAUUAUGAAAUCAGUUGAGGAAGAUUUGGAUUUUAAAGAAGGUUGUCUUGUAAACUUAAUCGUUUUAAGUUUUUUUUUUUAUAUUAAAUCUCAUAGUUAUUAAUUUAUAUUUACUUUGUUUUUUUUAGUAUUCUAUUACCUUAUUGCAUGAAAAAUUUCUCUAAUCUAUUUCUGCCAUUGAUUAGCAUCUUAUUUCAAUAUAUUUUUGUAAUUGCAGAUGGAAUAUCAGAAGUAACAAUGGCGAAUGAAAAUGCACAGCUAAAUCGUUUAUCACCCAUCUCUCAAAUUGACACUCCAAUUAAUUCGGAUGUUAGUUUCGCUCAAAUGACGACCGUUCACGAACCAACUCCACCAACCUCUUCAACUCCUCUUUUAGCAGGUAUAAUUUUAUUUAAAAAAAAGACAAAAAGACGCUUAUUCGAUAAGAAAGAAACAGGGAUAGAUGUACUCAAUCCUUUUUUCCUUCUUUACCAAAUUCUAUAUGUGCUUCUGUUCUUCGAAUGGAUAUAUUUCUUUUUUUUUCUAUUGCACAAGCUAUUAAAGUUUAUAGGGCUACAAUAAGAAUGAAAACCUUAUACAUUCGUUGAUCGUUUCAAUUGUCUAAAAGAAUAGUGCAGAAAUAAACUGACCUACUUUUCGAUCUUUCUUAUCGCUAUUAUAUUCGUCAACUAGAAAAAAAUUUUUUUUCCUGUCGCAAGAACAGACUUACUUUCUCAUUCAAACUGUUUUAACCGUCUAGUAUAUCUAGUACGUAUAGACCUAAUUUAUUGUAAAUCUAAAACUAAUGAAUUAUGUUUUAUGUUCAAAUUAAUAAAAACACCUAUCCAAAAUGUAAACUACUCUCUUUCGUAAUAAUCGAUGAGCUGGACUGGUCUUUUUUUUUUACUAGUUAUUAUCAGGUAUUCAGUUAGGGCCGAAUGUCCUCGGGAAGGACUUUGAUAAGACUAAAGUUCAAGUACCGAUAAAUAAAAAUGAUUGAAACAAUCAGUAAUCAUUGUAUUCGCUUACAGAUGACAUGCAUAUGACGACACACGUGCCUGUUUCGACGCCGUCGACGGCCGCUCACUACUGUUCUAUAUGCGGUGAUAGGGCUACAGGAAAGCACUAUGGAGCCGCGAGUUGUGACGGCUGUAAGGGUUUUUUUCGAAGAUCCGUAAGAAAGAAUCACGUAUAUACUUGCCGUUUUCAAAGAAGUUGUAUUGUGGAUAAGGACAAAAGGAAUCAAUGUCGUUAUUGCCGUUUGAAGAAAUGCUUCCGGGCCGGUAUGAAAAAAGAAGCCGUACAAAAUGAAAGAGAUAGGAUAAGUGUUAGAAGACCGAGCUAUGAUGAUCAGAAUCAUAACUCAGCCCUAUCCGUACAAAAUUUAACAAAUGCGGAAUUACUGUCGAGGCAGGUUAGCCCGCAAUUAUCCGCUCAUGUCAGCAAUCCGCAGGAUAUCCGAAAUAAGAAGGUAGCCACAAUAAACGACGUUUGUGAUUCAAUGAAACAACAAUUGCUCAUACUGGUCGAGUGGGCUAAAUACAUUCCGUCAUUCUGCGAGCUACCUUUGGAUGAUCAAGUCGCUUUGCUCAGAGCUCACGCCGGGGAACAUUUACUAUUAGGAGUGGCAAGACGAUCUCUACUUCUGAAUGAUGUACUUUUACUUGGAAACGAUUUAAUUAUACCGAGAACAGCCCAACAAGAGAUUGAGAUUUCUCAAGUUGCUACAAGGGUAAUCGAUGAGAUAGUUAAGCCGAUGAGGGAAGUACAAAUGGACGAUACGGAAUUUUCAUGCUUGAAAGCUAUUGUUUUCUUUGAUCCUGACGCUAAAGGUCUUACCGAUACGCAAAAGGUCAAAAACAUACGCUGGCAAAUUCACGUAAAUUUGGAUGAUUAUAUUAACGAUAGACAAUACCAGUCUAGAGGAAGAUUUGGGCAAAUUUUACUACUUUUGCCCUCUUUGCAGUCAGUUACUGCUCAAAUGAUAAGCUUGAUUCAAUCUGCUAAGCUUUUUGGGCUUGCUAAAAUUGACAAUCUUCUGCAAGAAAUGCUUCUCGGUGAGACUGGAGAUUUGGAAAGUUCUCUGACUCCACCCACUAUAAGACAUCAAGGAAUGAUGCAAUUGGCAACCCCAGACCUGAUUCAAAUGCAUGGAAGAGGUGUUCAGGUAAAUAAAAAACAGCUGAGACAUAAAAACAUGUCGGCAAACCUUCGAACUUAGUAUUUUUUUAAAAGAAAAAAAAAGUCCUUAAAUAAGAUUUUGUUAUUUUUCAUUCGAACUUAAUAGGGACCAGCUGUAACUGUGAUGUCAUCGGAUGGUCUAACAGAGCUUCAACCAAGAAAUCCAUCACCACCAGUCGAAAAUCGAUUAAAUGGUCAUGGUACACCUUCACCAUCAUAGACAGAUAAAAACUAAACAAACAACAAACAUCUUGCUGCAACAAUCUCUGCAACAAUCAAUGCAAAAAAAAACAAACUUUAUAAUUAUGUAGUUCUAAUCAUUCUUUUAAAACUUUUACGUUAUUUUAUUAAGAAAAACAAAACAAAACAAAACAAUUCUAGCUGAUUAUAUACGGUUUUUUUUUCUUUGUGAUAAUUACUAAAAGUUAUGUUUUUAAUGAUUUCUUUGUUUUUUAUCAGUUUUAUUAUUUUCUGGUGUUUUGUUUCGUAUAUUUUACACAAACAUUAAUCACUGUUGCUUUGUUAUUUUUCCCUUUUCUUUUAACGCUUUAUAUAUAUAUAUAUAUAUAUAUAUAUAUAUAUAUGCAUUAUAGAUCUCGGCUCAUUAUAUAUUAUUUUAUGCAUAAAAAACAAACAAACAAGUGCUAUAAGAAAGAAUAUUUGCACUUGAAACAGUUGUUUUUUUUUCUUUUAAAAGAAUAUAGAUUUUUAUUCCCUUAUUUUCUAAAAAAUUCUUUUCUUUUAUAAUUAAUAUUAGGGAAAAAACAAUUCUGUUCAAUGUAAACACAUCUUCCAGCUAUUUAUAAUAGCUGUUAAUAGCUGUUUAGACGUAGUUUGAAACUUUUGCUAAAUAAUGUUCGUAAGGGAGACAGUUCCUUACACAAUUUACUCGGUAAAAAUAGAUAUUGAAGGCUGAACCAGUUUUUGACGAGUCGUGUUUGUUUUCUAUUGAUAGAUCAAAUUUCCUAAACAAUUCUAUUUUAUUGUGUUGAAGGUUAUUUUAAGAAAUCAAAAAUCAGAAUUGUAUCGAAAAUCGUUACUUAUACGUUAUUUAUACAUUCAUCAAGAUAUCUUAGAUUUGUUGAUA